CGCACGCGCACUCACCCGAACAUGGCUGCCGUCACUGCUUGCUGGACAGAGCCUAGGACACGUGAUUUAAAAUGACAGCUCAGAAUAUUCCUGAGGAAGAACUACCCUGUGACGUGGAAAUGGAAGGAGUUCCAAGAGAGGGUCUCCAUUUCUCCAUUCUAGGUGACAGUUGGGACUGUAAGAACUGGGAGGGACAUCUGAGGCAAUCAGCUUUAACUCAGGAGAAGCCAAGGUCUCGGGAAGCAGUUUGUGAAUAUACUGGACUUGGGGGGCCUUUGAGUGCAAGUUCAGACCUUCCUCCAUCUCGGAGGGUUCCUAUAACAAACGGUUUCCAUAUACAUGAAUCAGAGGUCAGAAGUUUGCAUUGUGACCCAGCUUUACAAAGUUGUCAGAAAGGUUGUGUAUCUAAGAGAGCCAGUGAUUCCUGUGGAAAAGCCUUCAACCAUUCCAUGGAAGUUAUUCAACUUGGGAGAAAUCAAAUGAGAGAGAAACUCUAUAAAUACCCUGAAAAUGUUAAGUCUUUCAAUCAUUUUACCCCUGUUGGUGAGCCAAAAACAACAAAAGGGAAGAAACUGUGUGAAGACAAGGACUUUGGGGACAUCUUUGCCCUGACUUCAUCUCUUAAUGAAAACAGGAGGAGUCACCCUGGAGAGAAGCUGUACAAAUGUACUGAAUGUGGCAAAUGCUUUAAACGGAACUCUUCUCUUGCUUUGCAUCACCGAACUCACACUGGCGAGAAACCUUAUACCUGUAAUGAGUGCGGAAAAUCCUUCUCCAAAAACUACAACCUGAUUGUACAUCAAAGAAUCCAUACAGGAGAGAAGCCCUACAAAUGUACUAAGUGUGGGAAAGCCUUCAGUGAUGGGUCAGCUCUGACACAGCACCAGAGAAUUCACACUGGGGAGAAACCUUACGAAUGUCUAGAAUGUGGAAAAACCUUCAACCGAAACUCAUCCCUGAUUUUGCAUCAAAGAACUCAUACAGGGGAAAAACCGUACAGAUGUAACGAGUGUGGGAAACCUUUCACAGACAUCUCCCACCUAACUGUGCAUCUCAGAAUUCACACCGGGGAGAAGCCCUAUGAAUGUAGCAAGUGUGGAAAGGCUUUCCGAGAUGGUUCAUACCUCACCCAGCACGAGAGGACUCAUACUGGAGAGAAGCCUUUUGAAUGUGUGGAGUGUGGGAAAUCCUUCAACCGUAACUCUCACCUUAUUGUGCAUCAGAAAAUCCACUCUGGGGAGAAGCCCUACGAGUGUAAAGAGUGUGGUAAGACUUUCAUUGAGAGUGCUUACCUCAUCAGGCACCAGAGAAUUCACACUGGCGAGAAGCCCUAUGGCUGUGACCAGUGUCAGAAACUUUUCAGGAACAUUGCUGGCCUCAUCCGGCACCAGAGGACUCAUACUGGUGAGAAGCCCUAUGAGUGUAGUCAAUGUGGCAAAGCUUUCAGGGACAGUUCUUGUCUGACCAAGCACCAGAGAGUUCACACUAAGGAGACCCCAUACCAGUGUCCAGAAUGUGGAAAGUCCUUCAAGCAGAACUCUCACCUGGUGGUACAUCAGAGACUCCACAGCAGGGAGAGUCUCAGCCAGUGUCCUCAGUGUGGGAAGAAAUUCAGAAGGAACUCGGCCUUUAUUCGACAUCAAAGAACACACUCUGGAGAGCAACCCAUGGAAACAUAAUGAAUGUGGGCCACACUCAUCUCCUGAAUGCUCUAAAAAACCUGUGUGAAAGAGGGAUGUCUUCAUGGGUGACUCCUCCCUGUCAGUAUAAAAUAAUUUUUUUUUUAAGGAAAAAGUAAGUCAACUGCAAUCCUACUCCCUGAGAUAAUCAUCAUUAAUAUUUUGGUGACCAUCCUUUCCCUGCUGUUUUUAUGUGUACAUAAUUUUGCAUGGAUGAGGUUACAUAAUACACAUGGUUUUUAAAUAUAGAAACUUAUUUUUCUGUAUAUUUGUCUGCUAUUCAGUCAAUUAAUGAAUGUGAGACACUCCUUACCUAUACUAUUAAGUCACUACGUUAGGACACUCCUGGAAGGAAUACAGGAUACUAAGAAACAUGGAAAAGACUUCAGGGAUAAUCAGCCUGUACCAAAUGGGAUACACUGGAAGAAAACCUGUGCAUGACAGGAAGGUACUUUCCCGGAGACAUCCAGCUGCUGUGGCGUCAAUGUGUGUAAACUGGGAAGAACCUGUGAAUAUGUUUGUAACUAAUCAAUAUGAGCAGUCCUUUCAUCGGGAUUGUCUGCCUUAUCUCACAUAAGCAAAUUCUUACCAGAAUCAUGUGUGAUCAGUGAGCAGAGCUUUUGGCAGGAGCUCCUGCUAUCUUUUCUGUACCAGCAAAGACAUGCUAAUGAGAGCCCCCACAGUGCUCCACCCCACAGCAGCCUCAGAAUUAGAGUGGAUUGCUCUGAGAAUGUAUUUCUGUGUCACAGUACUGCCAGGUGCUCAGGACUCAUUCCAGAAGGGACACUUGGAUGAGGACAUUGCUUGUGAAUGAACAGUGACAUUUUUUCUCUUAAGAAAAGACUGAAGUGGGCUCGUACUAAGAUGGAAAGGGUUGCUGUUGAGAAAUGUGAUGCACUGCUUUAGUUGUUAAAAGAAAAAAUACUGAGUUGUUAUGUUUACCUUGUCUCCCCCAGUGUUGUUCACUUAGGAAACUUAUAAUUCGUUCCAUGCUGAACCAAAAGUAUAAAGGUUUUGUUGCUGUAUUGAAAAUGCUUGUAAUAUGGCAGGCAACAACAAGAAAGGCACAAAGUAGAUGUGCUGUUAUGAUAGCCAUGUGAAGGUAUUGCACAUGUCGCUGUAGAGUGGACACUGAUCAUAGAGUAAUAAACGUGGUUUUCUUAGGGGACUGCAAUUGUUUAUGAUUUUUUUCUCUAUUACAAAUUAAGCAUUGUUGCUAUCAUAAUUUGAUAAGGAAUAAAAAGGUGAAGCAA